UAUCAGAACAGAAAGUACAAUAAGACGUUUUCACAACGUGACAACAGGAUAGGGGUUUCGUUCAGAUUUGGUAAUUAAUGAUAAAAAGAUGGGUAACGAAACGUCCAAAGAUUCACCAAGAGAAUUUGAAUCCAUUCCAGAUUUAUACACAUUUCUCCUAAGAGAAACCUUCCAUAUCAACUGUCAAUUAAGUGAAGAAUUUUUGAGGCGAUAUAAUGUUGGUGUGUUCAUGUCUAUACAUACAUUAGCAACUUCAUUAUUUGAGCGAAAUUUUAGUGUAUCAGAAAUUCAACAAAUGAAUACAAGUUUUGAAAAAAUCGUGAUGCUCCAUAGGAAGAGGGUAUUUCAGUUUACUCAUGAAAAAUGCAAGGGACGUUAUCAGAAAUUUCCAGAAGAUAAAAUAAAAAAGGCACAUAUAAAAAACCACAAAAUGCACAGGAUUCCAGUCGAUAUAUCAGAAUUUGCAAGCGAUUUUGGAACAGAAGAACGCAAAUUUAAUGUUUUUCUAUAUGGGAAAAUGGAACACAUAGAAAAUGAAUUAAAGAUACAAAUUGAAAAUUCAAUGAAAAAUCUACUUCCGGAGGUUAUUUAUAAAAGGAAAGUAUGUAGUGAAGCUUUUUGUAUUGAUGGUGGAAAGGGAAAGGUUAUGCGCUACAAGGUAUGUCCCGUGGAAGCAAACUUUUUCCCAGGAAAUCCCUAUAUCGUUAAACCUGUCGAACAAGAUUCGCUGCAGUUUAAGGAAUCACAAUACUAUGUUUGGAUAGAAAAUGGAAAGCUUAAUUUGAGCAAAACACGUUUAACAGACUUGAAAACGGUACAUACUUUCGUUGUCCCUACCCUGGAACUUAAUGGAAGCGUGCUAGUAGAACUCGAAGGUACCAUUGAGUUUGCAUGUACUAAGGAAGCAAAGAUGUCAACAAAGGAAGAUGGUAGAGGAGCAAAAAUUUUCUUUUGGCCCAUAAAUAAGAUCAUACAAUCGAAAGAAAGCAAAAUAUUCAAGACAAGUGUUAAAGUUGAAAUUGAAAUGUCUACAGUUUUGUUAAAGCCUAAAACAAACAAAACAAUUUCAAUGACUGACAGCGAAGUUGACAGUUUCAACAAAUUGAUUCAAGAAGUACAAUCUCUUCAGGUCAGCCAAUCAAUGUUCACAAAUAAUGAGGAAGAAUAUGAAUGUUCUAGUUCUUCUACUUUCAACAACAACUCGACUGCUACAGACGAACAUAGCGAGAGUGACAAUAACAGACAUAAUGAUAGCACAAAUCAAAAUGAUUCAGAUUUAGACCAACACGUACAGUCAGAUUUUCCGGAAGACCUUCCUGAAAUAGGUAAGGAGUUUUUUCUUAAAUUUAACUCAAAACUGGUCACAAGCGUAGCUACAAAAGUAUGGGAUGAUGUUGGAGAAGUAAUUGCUGUUACGGCAUCACAAACAGCCGGUAAAGUUUUACAACGCGUGCUUAUUCCAGUGGGUAUUGCUUGGUGGUCCUUCAAUAUUUGGCACUUCGUGAAAGACUAUCGUGAAAACAAAAUUACUCUGCGAGAGUUAAUCAGAAGAAUUGGCAGAUACGCAAUUACAGACAUUGGUACAGCUGGAUUAGCUUGUCUUAUUUCAACACUGGUUGCGGGUCCGGCUGGAUUUGCGGUCGGUAUUGGAUUGGCAGUUCUUUUGUCACCUUUAGACUACUUUUUAGGGGAUAGAAUUUCAAAAUUUCUGUUGCGAAGAAGUCCAGAAGAAGAAGAGGCAUGGCGUAUAGAACAACUCAGAAAGAGAAAACAAUGUCUCUUGAGAAAAGCAUAUAAAAUACUUCAGAUUGAAGAACAUGCAUCAAAUUGGGAAAUAGAUAGAGCAUAUCGGGAUGCUGCGAGAAUAUAUCACCCACACGAUAAAGCACAAGAUAUCGGCAACAGAUUCGAUGUCAUAAAUAAGGCUUAUACUCUUAUUAAGCAAGAAAGAUCACAGGAUGAUGAGACAUAUGGAGUGAAUAACAACACAAUUACACCAAUUCAAGCUAUCACAGAAGGAUGAACAUUGAAAGGAUGAAAUGAAUUGCUUUAAACUUUAUCUCUCAUUCACGUUCUGGCCAACAUAAGUUUUACGGUGUUCUUAUAAGUUAUAACGUUUCAAUUGAUGACUUUUAUGGACAGAAAAUAAUGUUCGAUAGUGCGUAGAUUUUGUGAUAUUGAUGAUUUUUGUCGAGCCUGCGACUUUUGUCGAAAAGCGAGACAUUACGAUCCCACAUUCCGUCGUCGUCGUCGUUAAUUGGAUUUCUACCAAACUUGGACAGAAGCUUGUUUAUGAUCAUAAGAUAGUAUCCAGAAGUAAAUUUUGUAAAAACAAAAAUCCUGUUUAUCUGUAUUUUACUUAUAAAUGGACUUAGUUUUUCUUCCAGCAUAACUUUUUUCAUACAUUUCAAACGUUUUAUUUCAUUAACUGUAAAUAUAUUAUGUGCAUUACCCUAUCACACUGAAAACAUAGACAACAGCGAAUGCAGGAGAGGCACUGGGUUCGUUUUUUUCAAAAGGAUCAAAUGUUCUUCCGUUAUUUGAAAAUCAGCAGAUGAGUUAAAUUUAGACAAUAUUUGUUAGCUACUUUCGACUUGGUUCGAUAAACAUCGCAAAAACGUGAGAAAAUGAAAAGACAAUUUUGUAUGAAACACACAAGCUUUUCACUUUUCGAAAAUAUGCGUAAAGUAAGUUCAUCUCCGAACAAUAUCUUGUGAAAAAAGAAAGAAAGUUUUAUAAUGCAACUAAAGGCACCUCUUAUCUAUGAAAUGUUUUGUUCCUUUUUCGUUACCUUUUAUCUCAUUCAUAAACCGAUAAGAUGGACAUACCCAUUUUUCGUACUAGAACAUAAAACUGUUUAUUUACAUUGUAUUCUAUUUACAUGUAAUACACAGGCAGAUUUUUAUUUCUUCAGAAUUUUUGUACGCAUUGUUUUUUUUUUAAAUAAGGAAAUGAAUGCCAUUUGAGAGUAAUUGUAAUUGAAGCUUUUUGAAAGCAGUUAAUUUAUUCACAUUGCAUCAUAACGACCCCUACUUGAAAGCUCUAUUUAGAAAGACAUAUGUUUCGUCUAACUAAUAAUCACCAUUUUAUAUAUAUGUGUGCAUUUGCUUUACUUCAAAUCAUUGCCAGAUUAGUUUCUAGUGCGCUUUUUGGAAUGUUUAAAUACAAAACUUUAUCAAAAUAUUUCGGACAAUUUUCAGAAAUGGAUGGAUAAAAGCCGCUUAUAACGUUAGAAUAAAAUGAUUUUGAACCUCCAGAUUCAUCAGUAUGUAAGAAAAAUAAGAAUAUUCAUAUCUGAUAAAUCGAUUGAGAAGACAACUCAAGGUUACAAACAAAUCGGAAGGAAUCGCAUGAACUCCACAAAAAACGAAAUCUGGUGUGUUGACCGGGAAAAUGUCUUCUGCUAUGUAUGAAUCAUCACCCGUUAGGUUUUCCAUACUCAGUCAAAAUGAAACAGUCUUAUAUAGGACACAAUCGGUUAAAGAACAAGUUUGAUGACUUUUUUGGUAUUUAAAUAGAUUUGAUUGCAAAACCGUGUCAGUUUUAUUUUUUGUAAUUUUUUGGCACGAAAUGAUAGUAUGGUCUAGUGAAUUAAACAGAUGAUCGUAGAACCAGAGUGCCAUUUCGUUGAAAGAUCUUACAAAAAUUUUGUUUUUAAUGACCAACUGAUAAUAAUUUGAGUAAACUAGUGAAUUUCGAUUUCUAAUGAGGAAAUAUAAGAUAUUUAAUAUUAAAUAUUUCUAAGGCUUUACAAUUUAUAUAAAACAAAAUUCAACUAUAUCAAUACUGCUAUCUGACAGACUAAUUUCCUAUUGGCAUGAUUUUAUUUGAUAGACUUGUAGUAAUUUUAGAUUUAGAAAUUCAAGGAUAAAAAGUGGUUUUAUCAUAUUAGUUUGUUAGUUAAGAAAUGCAUUUCUUCUGUUAUUUGAAUAAAUGUCAUUUACAUUUUAA